GAGAAAACAGUGGGACGAUCCCCAGGUAAACAUAACCUAAAAAACAUGUUAUAAAAUUCUGUUUAUAUUUUUCUUUAAUAUAAAAAAAUUAAUAUCAAAAAGAUAAAUUGAUUGAAACUUAAAUAAUAAUUUAAAAUUGUAAUUAAAUUAUUUAUUAAACCAAGAUUUAUCAUUAAUUAAUUAAAUGAAAUAUUUAUUUUUGAGUGUCUAAUUUGUUGUUGUCUAGUAGACAUAAUUUUACAGGAUAAUUAUUUAAUUAAAAAUACAUAAUUACAAUAUUAAAAAAAUUAAAAUGAGGACUGGUGGUAUGUUUGAUCUACGUGAAUUUAGUAAAAGAGUUAGAAGAUUAUUUGAUAGUAAUUAUUCACGUAGAAAAGUAUUUUUUUUUGUCAUAAUAUUUGGUGGUUUGUUAUUGUAUCUUGGAGUACCAUUUGCUCAGUGGUUAUUUACAACAAAAAUUGAAGAAUUUCAAGGAUAUGAAGAAAUUUGUAUCAGAGAAAAAUUAUCAAGCUACAAUGUUGACACUAUUGAAAAUGAUGCAAUAAUAUUAAAAAAUACAGAUGAAAAUGAUGAUAAUACAAAUAAAUUAUUGCCAUAUAUUGGAAAUGGUUUAUUUGGUGUACAAAUAACAACACCAGGUCGUUUAUAUAUUCGUCAUGAUCGAACACUUUCUCUUUAUGGACAGUGGGAUCCACUUGUAUCAAUACCAGGUGAUGAUGAUAUUACUGGACAUCGUGAAGCAACUGUUAUGCAUUUUACAAAUGGAAUUGUUAAUAAACAUCAAUGUUUUAGAAGUGGUUAUCAUAUUGAUACUCAGUAUUAUGCACACAGAAUAUUUGAUAAUAUACUUGUUCAAGAUGUUGUCAUCAAUAAUCCAUCAUCAGUAUCACAAGAUGUUGUAUUUAAAUAUUUAUCAAAUUCAAAAUUAUCUAAUUAUGAAAUUAAAACAGUCAAAAUUGAAGAUGAUAAAGAUAAUCAUGAAUACACAAUGACAUCAGGAACAUUACCACUUCCAGAUUCGAAUCAAAUAAUUGUUGUUUCGAUAUUAUAUAAAAUUCCUGAUAAAAAUAUUCUAAUAAAACCAAGAAGUACAAUGAAAUUUAAAUUUUUAACAAGUAUUUAUUAUAGUGAGCCACAAAUAGCAAAAAGAUAUUUAACUGAACGUGAAGUUACUCAAAGAAAAGCCAUUGAGGCUAUGAAAAAAGUAUUAAAUUCUCAACGUCAAGAUCUACAAGAAAGUCAUAUUAAUUCAUGGAAAAAAUAUUGGCAAACCGGUUUUAGUAUAAGUGAAUCAAAAGCUAAAGAUGCACUGAAUGGAUUAAAGAUAAAUUCAACAAUAUAUUAUGUUUUGUCUCAAGUACCAAAAGCUGGAGUUAAUCUUGAAGAAUCAGUGUCAAGUAAUGAGGGUUGUUAUCGUGGUCAUCAUACUCUUGAUGCACCAAAACUUUGGAAAGAUACUUCAACAAUUGAUGGUGUUAAUACAGUUGUUAAAACAUGGCUAAUAACACUUGAAAAAUUGGGAUGUUAUCAUUUGAUGAAAGGUGGUCCAUCAGCAGUUCAACAAGCCAUUAUUUUAAGUCUUGGUGGAUUAAGAUUUAGCAAUCAACAUCUUGAAUUUAAUAUUGAUCCAAGUUAUUUGCACAGAAACUAUUUAUUCAGACGAAUUAAUUAUGGAAAUGUAACACAUGUUAAUAUAUCAGUAACUGUUGGUGAUGAUAAUCGCGCUGUUCUUGGUGUUGCAUUGGACAGAAGUGACAGUGAUUAUUACGGUUGUGAUGCUGGAUGUUUAGAUUCACCAGUUAAAUUAAAACAAGCAUACACAAAUUUUCCAGUUAAAUUAACAAAACCACUAACAGCAAUUUUAUAUAUAACAGCUGAUUAUCAACAUAUGCAAGAUUUAAGAAAAGCUCUUCAUGUACAUACAAUCCACGAGGCACCAGCUCAUGAUCAUCAAGUCAUGGCACUCCACAAACAUGGACAUCAACUUGGUGGCUUACCAACAUUUUUUUGGGUAACAAUUUGCUUUUUAAUUGUUGUUUUUCAUUUAUUUUUAUGUAAACUCAUUAUUGCUGAAUAUUGCACAAAUAAUGAACGUCCAAGAUCGCGUCAUAGUAAACCUUAAUUAUCAUUUAAAAAUACAUAUAUUAUUAAUAAUUAUAAGUUAUUUAUAUAUUAAUUAAAUAAACAAAAAUAUAAUUUUUGUAAAUAUUUAAAUAAUGAUAUACAUUCGUUGUAAAUGAUAAACAAAAUAAGUUUGUAAAAUAAACAAAAAAAAAUUUAAUUAAAAAA